CUGAGGAGUCCAUCAACUGUGUCAGUAAUUAUUACACUGUAAAAAAUGCCAAAAAGCCUCAGAGUCCUUGACUUGCUUCACCCUAUACCUAUGCCUAUGCCGACCUAAAGCCUAAAGGCAGAGCGCGGGAAAACAUACCAUGUCUGCUUUUGUUUAUACAAACAAUACAAACUCAAAUUAAAACACACCUAAAACUGCCUUUUCUCUCUCCUCUCUCUCAACAACGAAAAUGGCGAGGAAGAGAAAACGAAGCUGGAAAGCCCCAAUGGUUUUAUGGCAAAUCUUCAAAAACGAUGCCAGAAACUUAGCCAAAACCAUAGCUUUUAUAAUCCCUCGGCCUUCGCCUCCCUUUACUUGCGGCCGUUGCGAAGGUCGUUCUUGUCUUCGAUGCUGUGAAGAUCCCAUGUCUUUUCUUAUUCGACCCGACGACCCUUUGGAUUACGUCAAUCUUCUCAAUGAUUGUUUUGUUGUUGUUAAUGAAGAUGCCCCUUUUAUUGACUUUUAUCCCGAUAAACGUUGGACUCAGGAAAAGCUUGUCGUAAGGGUUGUUGAGAUGAUGUCAUCUCUAAGACUCACGGCUUCUAAUGUAAUAUGUUCUGGUUUUAACAAGCAUACUAAUUCAAGCCACAUUGUCGAGCUUUUGACUUCUUCAGCUUGGGGUAUUCUCCAUGAAAGGGUUGGGGAUAAGUGCAUGUUUCAUCUACUGUGGCAUACAACAAUAUUUGUGCCCAUUUCUGACAAGAAACACCUCCAAGUUGCAGGUUCUCCUGUCAAUUAUUUCCGCAAGAAGUCGAAGGAAGUGAAAAAUCCUCAAUCUGGUAUGCAAUACUAUGUAGCUUCAACUUCUCAUUGGUACGAGGAUAUGGCCCUUCAAAGACCAUUCAAAUACGGGGAAAAAACUUGCAAAACAAAUCAACAUACUUUUUUCGGACACUUAUCUAUGUCCAACACUCACAUUAAAGUCCUGAGAAGGAAAAGGAAACGAACUUAUGGUAGCAAAUCUCUUUCCAAAGGAGAAUUUCAAGGAAGUUCAAUUCAGACUGCAGAGAAGCAAAAACCAUUUUCAAGACCAUUUAAAUGGAAACGUGACAAGAGGCACCGACUACACAGCAUUCCAGAAUCCAAAGAGGAGUCAAUCUCCAGAAUCUUUUGCUUUUAUGAAGAUUGCUUAUCUGGGAGUCUUGUGUGCCUCUCCAACCCCAAUCAGGCAGCAGUUCCAUGUUCCUGUUACUUGAUGCUAAAAGCUCCCCGCAAAGUCUCGAAUUCAAUUGAGAUUAGCAGGCAAUCAAUGUUCUAUAACAUGGAAUGUUCUUCAUCUGUUCUUCCAGAAGGACAUAUACUAAAUACCUUGGUACCAAACUUUUCAAGCUCAAAGUGUCUCAUGGAGAAUAUUUUUGGCUUCACUGGUGCAAAUGUAAGCAGUCAAUCGGUUUCAUGCUCCCACAAUGUUGAAUGUCGUCUCAAAGGAUCUUCUUGCCUGUAUCACAAAUUUAUCAAGUUGCUGAAGAUGCUCAUACGCAGAGCUAGGCGUUGCAAUCACUUAAAAUUGUUGGAGAAGUAUUGUCCCUUACCAUCUUUGGAUCAAAAGGCUGGAAAGUCUAGAACAAUAGUUGAGAGAAGCAUAAUGGACAAAAGAGGGAUCAAGCGAUCCUGUGGUGGUGUUGCCAAAGAAAACCAUAAUACUCCAGAAACGGAUAAUGCAGAGCUCGAGUCAACCAGGCCUUAUUGCUUAAAGAGUCAGGUACUUGAAUUUUUGUGGGCUGUUUGUAGAAGUUUGGUUCCUCCAGAAUUGCUAGGAGCUCCUUCUAAUUGGAGAUUGCUAAAGAGAAAUAUUUUCAGAUUUAUUCGGUUGAGAAGAUUUGAGAAGUUCUCAGUAAUGCAAUGCAUGCAUCAGUUGAAAUCCUUAGAUUUCCCCUUUUUAUCGGAUAACGGUCGGGUGCCGAAGAAUGGUUCAGAGUUGAAAUUUGGUGAAGCAAUUUGUAGCGAACAUGAUAUUAAGCGUGAACUACUUGUCAACUGGAUUUUAUGGUUUUUUUCAUCUCUAGUGGUGCCAUUGGUGCAAGCCAACUUCUAUGUCACAGAAGGUGAGUGUGGGAAACUUGAUGUUUUUUAUUAUCGCAAACCUGUUUGGCAGGAGUUCAUAGAUGAUGCUGUUAGUUGCUUGAAAGGUCGAAAUUAUCUUGAAAUGGAUGAGGCUGCUGUUAGAGCUAUAAUAAGAAAAAGACCUUUUGGUUUCUCGAGGCUGAGGCUUUGUCCAAAACAAAAUGGAGUUAGAUUGUUGGCAAAUCUCAAUGCAUCCUCAAAAAUGCUGCAGGAAAAAUCCUCAAAAUUUCGAUGUUCUUGGAUGCGCAAAAGUUCAAAAGCUCGAUCAAGAAUAUUCAAGUCCAAGUGUGUUAAGUCGCCAAACUCUGUACUUCGUGGCGUACAUGCAAUUCUAAAAGGUUUACUGCUGAAAGAACCUGAGAAGUUAGGGUCAACGGUGUUUGAUUAUAAAGAUGUCUAUACGAAGUUACAUCCUUUUAUAAUCACUCUAAAGAAUGCAUCAACUAUGCCUGGUGUAUUUAUUGUAGCUGCUGAUGUUUCCAAGGCAUUUGAUUCAGUUGAUCAAGAUAAACUGCUUAGGAUGAUGGAAGAUGUCAUAGUGGAAAAAAAAUAUAUCUUACAACAAAAUCGUGAAAUUGUGUGGUUAAAAAACCGUUUGUUGGUUCGUCAGAGUCUCAUGUUGGUGGAUGAGACUGUCAACCUGGGUUUUACAAACUUAGUAUCUUCUGUCUCAUGCCGCUCAUUGUCUGGUGUUGUCGUUAAUCAGGGGAUAUUCACAGCGCUUUUAAAGGAACAUCUAUUCUCUAACCUGUAUCAGCUUUUGAAAUGCAAUGUGCUUCAAUUGGAUAAGAAGUUUUAUUUGCAAAAGUUGGGGAUACCUCAAGGAAGUAUCUUGUCCACUCUGCUUUGCUCAUUAUAUUAUGGGCAUAUGGAGAAGCAUGUGAUCUUUCCAUAUCUUGAAAAACCUCUUGAACAUUCUGCUGAAACUUUGUCCUCAAGCCCUUUUGAUUCCAUGGAUGCUCGGAAUUCUAGUGAGGAUCCAGUGAUCUUUCCCCCUACUUAUUUGCUUCUAAGAUUUGUUGAUGAUUUUCUUUUCAUAUCAACUUCGAAAGAGCAGGCUAGUAGCAUUUUGUCCAUGUUCCGUCAAGGAUUUCCGGAUUACAACUGCUACAUGAAUCAGGAAAAAUUCUGUCUAAACUUUGACAUUGAACAUCAAUCUGGGAUUUUAUCAAAUAGGGCUUUUACAGGUGAUGAUAGUACCUUGUUUGUUCCGUGGAGUGGGUUGCUUAUAAACUCCAGCACUUUAGAAAUUCUGGGUGAUUAUACAAGGUAUUUAGGUAAGCAUUUAAGUUGCACUCUCACUGUCCGACAGACAGGACAACCGGGCAAUCAUCUAAAGCAUAAGCUGUUCAGCUUCAUGAGACCAAAAUGCCAUUCCAUAUUCUUUGAUUCAAGUAUCAAUUCCGCAUCUGUUGUCAGAUUGAACAUCUAUCAAGCUUUUCUGUUGAGUGCAAUGAAGUUCCAUUGUUAUGUCUCUGAAUUAUCAGACUUUUUCCGACCUCGCAGGCAAUAUUGUCUGAAAAUCAUCCUAAAGUCCUUCAGGCACAUGCACAGGCUGAUAGAGAAACAAAUGGCUUUGGGUGGAUUGAAUUCCGGAUUGUGUUGGGAUCAUAAGCAUAAAGUGGUGAGGAAUGAAGUUGAAUGGCUGGGAUUAACUGCGUUCAUCGAGGUGUUAAAGAGAAAGCAGUCAAGGCACAAAGCAUUGCUGUCGAUGUUGAGAUCCAAGUUCUUUUGUCACAGAAUCACAGUUAUCUCCAAGUGCUGGAAGCCUUUUGAUCAUCUUGAAAAGAAUAGAAUGUUCAAAUUCAAGUGUUUGUCCAAAUCUGUUCAUUCUAGGCUAUACUUCUGGAAUGAUUUUAUUUGAUGUUAUUUUUUGUUAAAUUCUGCAACUCAGUUUGUUUUGCAUGAAUUUAGUCCCCUUAUUAUUUUGUCAUAAUCAAUCCCUUCACGUUUUGAAA